AUGUCAGACGUACUCUUGAGUUCAGGAAUAGGAAACCAAUCUUCCAGUAUCAUUCUGGAUAUUGGAACUCAAUCUAUUAGAAUAGGGUAUGGAGGUGAUGACCUACCAAAGACUAUAGUGCCCACAUGCAUUGGAAUACCCAAUAAAGAUGUCGAUGUAAUCGAUUCAAAUAGGUUUGGUAACAGCAUUUUUCCUCUUAAACCAUGGGAAAAACGAGAUUAUAUUGAAGUUUUACACCCAUUUCAAUAUAAUAUUCAAGAAAAGACAAUUGAUAUAAAUGAGGAAUAUUUAACAAAAAUUAUUCAAGAGUUGUCUUUGUCGCAAAAGUUCACAAAUAACACCUCUUCAUAUUCAACUAGACACAAUUAUAUAUUUGAACCAUUUGAUGAUAGGAUAAGUGGUCAUACACUCGUGAUUCCUAUUCACUCAAUAUCAAACCCCAGUCAUUCUACUAAACUUGCAGAAAUUGCAUUUGAAAGACUUGAAGUUACGUCGCUAUUUACUUCAAAAAGACCGGUGCUUUCCUGUUUUGCUUGUGGAAGGACUUCAGGAAUUGUGGUUGAUAUAGGCGCAUCAGCAUCAAAUGUUUCUUGUGUUCAAGAUGGGCAUUGCAUUCAGGGAAGUAUUCAAGAGUAUCCAGUCGCAGGUGACUUUUUGGAUAACGAAAUAUAUAAAAAAAUCCACGGUAAGGUAAACAUUGUUCCCGAAUUUGGAAUAUUCAAAAGUGGAAAUGAUAAUGUAGCAAGUAACUAUCAUGUUCCUUUGGAAAACGUUGAUGAAUCCUACUUAAAUUGGGGAAUCAUGCAUGUGAUUAGAGAGAUUAAGCAUUCUAAUCUUUUUUUUCCAAACACCCAAAAUUCAAACGAUAACAAUGAAUUUCAUCUCCCCGAUGGCAGCAUAAUUGAUACUACAUCUAUACGUAACACAAUUCCCAAUUUACUUUUCAAAUCUGGAAGUUCCAACCAAGGUUAUCCAGGAAUUGUACAAAUGGUUUUAAAUUCAAUAAUUGAGACAUCAAAUAUCAACAAAGAAAUGUCAAAUAUUACAUCAUCUAUUAUUCUUGCGGGGGGAACAACAUUGAUUAGUGGAUUUGAUUCCAAGCUACAUCAGGGAAUUAUUGAUCAAAAACCUUCUGUAAUCUUUAAUAAUUCGGUGAGGCCAGCUCCUAGAAUUGUUGCCUCCCCACGUGCAUCUGAAAGAUUGGCAUCUGCAUGGAUCGGAGCUUCAAUUCUUUCUUCUCUCGGAACUUUUCCUCAAUUUACAGUUUCAAAAAGGGAUUAUCAAGAGUUUGGUCCAAAUAUAAUAAAUAAAAAAUGUCCAUAA